CCUGCCCUGCCAACCAACUGCCUCUCCCACUUAAACGCAACCGCCCACACACGGAAAAGCGACGACGAGCACAACCGCCGCCUCGCGUGCGCAGAGAUCGAAGAGCCCGAGGAACCAGCCAGCCGAGAUGGUGCUCGCGGCAGGGGUCCAGCGCGCCGCGGCGCUCGUGGCGCUCCUCGCCGUCACCGCCGCCACCGCCGACGACUUCUUCUCCCCGCUCGCCCCGAUCUUCGCGCCCGUCAUCAACUCGAUCUGCAGCACGGUGGCGUGCGGGAAGGGGAACUGCACGGUGGCGCCGGGGACGCUGGGGUACAGGUGCGAGUGCGACCCGGGCUGGACGCAGCUCCACGUCGGCGACGAACUCAGGUUCCUGCCUUGCGUCAUCCCCAACUGUUCCAUUGACAGCUCAUGUUCCAACGGUUCAUCAGCACCAGCACCAACGCCUUUGCCAGCACCUAAAAACUUCUCACUCAACCCAUGUGAAUUAGCAUACUGUGGCACCGGAGGCACGUGCAGGAACGGCUCUGGUCUCAGCUACCACUGUGAGUGCAAGGAGGGUUACAGCAACCUUCUCAACAUGACCACAUUGCCUUGCUUUCAGAACUGUUCCAUCGGUGCAGAUUGCUCAAGAAUAGGGAUCCUUCCCUUCUCAAACUCUUCCAACAAAUCCCCUGCACCACCCAGCUCGGAGAGCAUUUCUAACAAUGGCAUUGCAGCAGCGCCAGGAUCCAUUUCACAGCGAAUUUUAAUGCCGCUGCUGCUGAUAGUCUCACUGGCCGUGAGUCAGGUGAUAUAGAUGGACGAUGGAGCAUCGCACGGUAGCCCUAGACUAUUUUUAUCCACGGGACAGCAUAGAGUUGAUAGCUUGUUAGGAUUAAACUUUUGGGAUGUGUGCUAUACUGCUGCAGGAUUGCAUUUGAUGGUUGAUUUCCACUGUAGAUGUUAGAGACUUGAUCAGUUUAUCUGGAUGUGGAAUAAAUGUUUCUGUGAAUAAUCGAGUAACUUUACUGUUUAUGGGAUGCCUGCGUUGCUGCA